CUCAAGGCACCAUGCGCACACAUUCACAAACUCAUUCAGACCUAUGGGAAAUUUGGCAUAGCCAAUCCACUUAGGAAGGAAACCGGAGAACCUGGAGGAAACCUAUGCAGACACGGGGAGAACAUGUGAACCUCUGCACACAUAGUAUCCCAAGCUCAGGAUUGAACCAGGGACCAUGGAGCUGUGAGGGGUAACAACACGCUCUGUGCCUUUAUACCAUCCUCAUCUUUAUUACAUUAAAUAGUUAAAUGUACAGGAUGAACAAAGCAGACAUCUUAGGGUCUUAAAACAUCCCAGGUGUAUAUUAUUUGUAUUAUUUUAAAUACUGUUUAGCCAUUACCCAUUGCAGUAAAAUCACUGUCACUUCUAUUUGUAUAAACCUGUUUAAUGCUUAUCGUUAAUAUAUUUUGCUUAUAAUAUAGAGAAUUAUUUAAAGAGCAAAUGCUAUACUUUGAUGCAUAUUUUUGCAUUUACUGCAACUUUAUUUUUCCACUACUAUAGCAGUUACGGAUGUGCAGAAACAUAUUCUGUAUUAAACCAAAUUGAUUUUUCAAGUUGAAGUUCAUUAAGUAAGCAACUGGCAUUGACUUAAAUGCAUAUCUCUUACUAAAGACUGACAUUAGGGAAGUGGUGAGUUGAGAAUUAGAUGUGUGUUAUUGAAUAUGUGAAUUCCCUUCCAGCUACUAAUAUACAUGUCCAUCAAGUGCAUCUCAAUCUUAUGGCACAAACUCAAUGCCCCACCACUAAAGCCCAACAAGAAGAAUGCGUAAUGUAUUGAAUAUUAUAUACACACAUUUAGAAAAAAGAACCCAUCAAGUGAUACUUGAAUAGUUAAGGGUUCUUAGCUCAAUAAAAGCUUUCUCCUUUCUGACUAAAUACAGAUAACAGUAUCAAUCAAAAAUAUCCUUGUUAUUCAUUAUAUUCUAUAUUAAAUGAUAACUCACCACAUUUUAUUUUCAGCAAGUGGUCCACUAGUUUUCAAGUAUUUGCAUUUUUAUAUAAUAUUAAACUAAGAAUUUUCUCUCAUUGUUAGUCCUGGUUAGACAUUUCUCUUAAACCUACCAUAAUUGUUCUUUCAGCAUAUCUUGCAUAUUGUGUUCAAUUGAAACUGUAGCUGUAUGUUGUAAUCCUCAUUGCUGCGUCUCCGUAGGGGCUGAGUUCAUCUGGAUUUGGGGAAUAAAGAGCAGGUGUAAAAGAAUGCUAUCCAUUUGAUUUCAGACUUUUUGCUGCCUUCUCCCUUACAAUUCAAUGGUUUCUCUCUGAGUGCAGUUGAUGUUCAAUAAUCCUCCAUUUCAAGACCAUAUGAACUGUCUUUAUUCUUUCAUAAGCUCUCCAAGAGCACAAUCUUUGAGCCAAAACCCAUCUUCCAUUAAGUGGCUGUCAGGCUGUAGUACAUAGAGUCAGUUAUCACACAGACAGGGAUUGUAUGAAAACAUGUCUUUGUUAGAUUGUGUAGUGACAACACUUCUAGCUGUCGCCUUUGGGGGAAAUUUUUAAUUUUGCUUAAUUAGUUCUAUUCAGAGCUCCAAUUAAACCACAGGAAUUAAUUGUAGGAAAUGAUGAGAAAAUCAGGAUAAAGUUUCAUAAAUCUGUAAUUUUAUGACAGUAGGUACAGUACAAUACAAUUUCCCCUCUAGACUUGCAGACUUGUGCAGCAUUAUCACAGAUAAUUCUUCACCACAACACUCUUGUAAUUCUCUUGUUCCUUCUACCUUGAAUGAAUAAGGAACAGGACUAACAAGAGUGUUAAUUCCACUCAAAGGUAAAUGAAUUGAAGCUGUUAAAAAUGCAAUCAGGCAGAUUAAUUUCAUUAUAGAAUUAUCCUCAGAAUGUCCCCUUGUUUUACUUUAUAUUAAAUAUGACUGAACAGUCUAAAUGCCAUUCCUUUGGUGCUGCUUGGUGCUCCUCUACAGACAAAUUUUGUUCUCUAGGUCCUUUGUUUUCAUUUAUAAUCAUUCAUUCAUCUUCCGUAAGUGCAGGGAACCAUGCUCACACACAUUCACAGAGGAAGAAACCUACAUGGACAUGGGGAGAACAUGUACAGAAACUGCACACAGACAGUAUCCUGAGCUCAGGAUCGAACCAUGGACUCUGGAGCUGUGAGGUGGUAAGGCCAUCCUGACUUACUUGAUUUAAUCCACCACAUCCCCGGAGGGUGGGGUUGGGGGGCAUAGGGUGACCACAGCAGACUUCCAUCUCUUUCUGUCUUUGGCUAGUCUAAGAUGAGUAAGAGUUACAUGUUUGUUUUUGUAGCUAACGUUAAUCCACUGAUGGGUGGUCGGCCCUCCAGCUUCACCAUUUGCCUGUUAACUGACAAAACAGGCUCCAUGAUGAGGAUGUAGGGUUGGACUGUUGGAGCCCCAAUGCUAUCCGUUUUACUAAAAUAUUAUGUCCAAUAUAUUUUACUUCUUCAUUGUGUGCUGGUGUUGUGAGGCUAAACAUGUAAUCCAUCCAUCCAUCCAUUCUCUGUACCGCUUAUCCUUCAAAGGGUCGCAGGGGAGCCUGGAGCCUAAUCAGGGGACUCGGGGCACAAGGCGGGGGACACCCUGGAAGGUGUGUCAACCCAUCACAGGGCACAAUCACACACACACAUUUACACACUAUGGACAAUUUGGAAAUGCCAGUCAGCCUCCAAUGCAUGUGUUUGAACUGGGGACGAAACAGAGUGCCCAGAGGAAACCCCUGAAGCAUGGGGAGAACAUGCAAACUCCACGCACACAGCGCAGAGGCAGGGUUCAAACCCCAACCCUCAAGGUGCUAAACAAAUAAUGGAAGACUGAAAAUUUCAAUCUUAAUGUAAUGUUUGGCUGAGCUAUUCCUUUAAGGUGGUAACCUUGCUGACAACACUGAUGCCCUCACUAUUAGGUUUGUCUCUCUCUCCUAAUUAGAUUAGUGCGGUUUAAUCUGAAGAACUCUGCUGAACUCUUCACCUCACCUACAUAUAAACAGACACUGGUACACUCAGGCACAUCUGCUCCUGAAUUAAUAGCACACCAUAGCAAUUAACUCUGUUAGUAAAAUAAACUAGGAUUUGACAUGUGAUCAAUUCCGUCGUUAUUUUCUUAGUUCUGUGGUUACAAGCCCAUUCUCAUUUUUGUAUAAUUGCGCACUUUAGGAAUCAAACUAGUACCUUCUAAAUUUCUUUGAAUUACUUCACAUCGCUAAUCAACCUUGCUAUGCAAAAUAGCCAACAUUUCAAAGCAGCGGAUUGGCCGUAAUAUCUUGAGAGGCGAUUCUGAUUGGCUGAGGUUCUUGUCAGGGGGCGAGGCACGCGCGCCGCGCUAUCAGCAUUCCUCGCGCGCAGCGGUCUGUCAUUCCGAGAUGCCGAACGGAGCGCAGGGCGCCAUAGAGAGCGGCAGCACGCGCACCGAUAUAUCUGAUCAUUUGAGGAUGUUGGUCAUGAUGUGGAAAGGGCAGCAUAUGUAUGAGGUUGCAUUUAUUCACCCUCCGAGAGACUAAUACAUGUUUUUCGAUUGAACAUGUGGAGGAUUCUUGGAAGGAAAAUUCAGAGCCCUCUGACAAUUUUGUGCAAUUUCUGCAUGAAGAGAGAGUAGCUCAAUUUUACUCGAAAGCCAUCAGUAACUGACAAUUAAUAUCAAGCGGCACACAGAUGCAGUCUUGCGCUGCUUUGCCUGAAGCACCAUUACUAAUGGCUAAGAUGCUACUUGAUAUUCAGCAACCUAAACACACAUAAAACGCUCCAUAAUGCCUUCAAAAGUGUCAUGCCUAUAUGUGUUGACAGUUGUUUGUUGGGCAAGUGCCCUGUGGUAUCUCAGCAUAUCCAGACCCACAACGUCGUUAGUUGGGCAGCUGACUGUGCCUGCACGCAAAACCGUUAAGCCACAAAGAACUGCCAACACCACGUUUAACAACAUCCGAACCCGCCCUUUAAACCCUCACGCAUUCGAUUUCAUCAUUAACGAGCCCAAGAAAUGUGAGACCAACGUGCCGUUCCUGGUGAUCCUCAUUAGCACAACACAUAAAGAGUUUGAUGCUCGGCAGGCAAUCCGGGAAACAUGGGGCGAUGAGAGCACAUUCAGCGACCUUCGCAUCAUAACACUCUUCCUCCUUGGCCGCAGCACAGACAGCAUGCUCAAUCAGAUGGUGGAGCAAGAGAGUCAGAUCUUCCAUGACAUUGUAGUGGAGGACUUUGUGGAUUCCUACCAUAACCUGACUCUAAAGACGCUGAUGGGAAUGCGCUGGGUGGCCACCUUCUGCAACCAGGCCAAGUACGUGAUGAAGACGGACAGUGACAUUUUCGUCAACAUGGACAACCUGGUGUAUAAGUUGCUAAAACCAGACACCAAGCCCAGACGGAGGUAUUUCACAGGCUACGUCAUAAAUGGCUCACCUAUUCGGGAUAUGCGCAGUAAGUGGUACAUGCCCAGAGACCUGUACCCUGAAAGUAAGUACCCGCCGUUCUGCUCCGGCACGGGCUACGUCUUCUCAGCAGAUGUGGCUGAGCUGAUCUAUAAGACUUCCCUUCACACCCGUCUGCUUCAUCUGGAGGACGUUUACGUAGGCGUUUGCUUACGGAAGCUUGGCAUUCACCCGUAUCAGAAUAGUGGCUUCAAUCAUUGGAAAAUGGCUUACAGCCUCUGUAGGUACCGUCGAGUCAUCACAGUGCACCAAAUCUCUCCUGAAGAGAUACACCGGAUCUGGAACGACAUGUCCAGCAAGAAACACCUCAAAUGUUAGUAAUGCCUGAGGAAUACCAUCCAUCUGCAUCAAUUUUUUUAUACACAGGACAUAAAAAGACACGCUGUGCGUCUGUGAAGCACGGAGAGCAGAUACAAUGUUCUCCGUACAAAACCCCAAGAACAGCCUGUGACAACUUGAGCUGUUUGUAAGUAAAGUAGGUAAAGGUCAGAUCAGGAUCAUCCAACAGCGAAGAACUGUUGACGUGCAACUGUAAAGUACACUGAUAAAUAGAUUGUUAUUGCUGUGCCAGUCUACACGCAUCAAGAGAGGGUGCGCUGUGCUUUAUUGGAGUACCUUAAACGCAAAUUCAUGCAUAAACAGUCUUCUGCACUGUAGAGAUUCAGCUCAUCAGCUCAAAAAGGUGCACUCUGAGUUCGAUGAAACCAAACACGAAUGUCCUUGAUGUUAUUUCCUUUCACUGCACCUAGUUUUGUUGGAUGUAAUUAAAAGUGUUGAUGUAAUCAGCACUAAUGACGAGUGUUAAAACUGAUCAUGUUAAAAAAAAAUAUUCCAACAGAUGCUUUUGUUUCAUGUGGAAAUGCCUGAGUUCUGUUUGUUUACAUGUUGGUGUGUUUAAAGAAAAAUGAUUCUUUUCUGGAAAAAAAAAAAUGUAAAGCUCUAUAACUCAUUAUUUAUAAUAAUAGCUAUAACAAAAUUUUAUUUAUUUCUGUAAUCAAUGCUUAGCUACUAUCCUUACUUCAGAUCCAGCUGGCUCAUCUUUGUAUUAUUGCUGCAUAUGCAUAUUAUAUAUUGAUUACUUACCACUUAGUACUAAGUAUCCUAUAAAGCGCAUUUACUGUAUUUGGUAAAAGGCACUGUAAAGACGUUCCUUGGAGGAAUGUUCAUCAUGUAUAUGUUACAUAUUAAUCUAUAAGAAGAACUUUAAUGAAAAUGACUUGCCAGUGGAAACUUUAUAUUUUCUAAAACUUAAUUGUGGGGGCCAAAAUUUAAUUUUCCUGUUUUUAUUUUUUUAUUCACUCAUAAUAUUGAACAAUGUGUGACAUUUAAUUGUGAAAAGCAUAAAUAAUGGGAAAACUGUCCCUAUGGGAGGUUGUUGUAUUGUUGUAUUAUACUGUGGAUUUUUUUUAACAUAAAAAAAUGCAAGCAUACAACGGUUUCUUUUUAGUAUUAAUCUCUUUCAUUAUAUUUUCAUUCAUUUGCAUGUAAGAUCUAUGAUCCCACUUAGAUUAACCUGCACUUGUAAAUUUGUUUCCCUAUUUACUGUUUAUUAAUGCACUCUGUGGCUUCUGGGGCCAUAUUGACAUAGAAUCUUAUUUUACCACUGAGUUCUCCUAAGCAGCACUAAAAGUUCCCAAGAGUUUCUCCUUAAAACCUAUUAAUGACAUUUCUGGAAGGAACUUUUACUAUGGAUUUAAGGUGGAAGGUUGGGUUAGAUCCCAUUGCUAUGGAUGAUGACAUUUUUCCUGAAUGAAUACUGACAGUGAUUGGCUAAUGCAGUAGUGACCUGCGUGGUAAACAUGUAAAUGAAAACACAAUGCACAAUGUCAUAAAAAUCAAAUGAAAAUGAAAGCAAAAGCGGGUAGAGAUGCCAGCUCACAUCUCCAGGGUCUUCGGUUCGAUCCUGAUCUUGGGUUACUGUCUGUGGAGAACUCCUCCCAAUUCGCAAACACAUUGUGGUAAGUGAAUUGGCUAUGCUAAAAUUACCCCUAGGUGUAAAUGAGUGUGUGAAUUUG